AUGGCCAAUUCGAUGGACUGCAGCUGCCAAAGCGAUGAAUACGGUUCAAAGUUCCGUCACUUUUGGAAUAGCGAACAGAUGCGGGGCUUGGAUUGGGUGGUGCAUACAAUCCAUCGGCAUUCAGGACUUUCCCCACAGGGCAAUAUAUUGACGCAUCUGGUAUACCAAUCGAUCAACUCGGUCAUCUGCAAGGUGUCCCCCUAA